AAUUGUUCAACCAAAGAGAAUGAGGUUUUCGAUUCUCUUUAGUUCAAAUGCGGCUUUGUAUUUGCUACUCUGUUCUUGGUCUGGCUGGCUGUCAAACUGCCGUCAUCAUCAAAGUUUUUAUUUGGAGAAGUAAAAAUGUGAAUAUUUGGCAAAUAUAAUCCUUUAGGAUGUACAGUACGUUUCUGUAAAACAAUAAGUGAUGCAAUUUUUACAUCAAAAAUAAAGUAAAUUAAAGUCCGUACUGCAUUAAAACAAGAGAUUAUUCUUUAGUAAACGUGGUCACGCCUUGAUAUUUUUUCUUUUGCUUAACGGCUGAAAAAAGUGUUUUACAAAACCUGGAAGCCGGUAUAAAUUUCGGAAUCGUUUACCAAACGAUGAUAAGCUCGUUUGUCAAUUUCCAGAUUAAGUGUUAAUUUCAGUAAAAAGUGAAUUUAAAAUGACUUGGAAAAAAGUUUCGUUGUGAAUGUAUGCGUCGAGUAAACCUCUAUUAAACACAUAAAUAUAUAUAAAACAAAAAAAAGGAGUAGCAGAGUUUAAAGCACCAUAUAAAAAAUUAUAUAAAAAUUUUUAAUUAGAUUUCUAAGGAUUCUUGGACACACAAAUGUAUUAUAAAAUAAACAUAUCAAUUGUACAAUCAAACGUUCACAAGAAUAACUAACAUUAAGCAAAAAGAUAACCUCAUUUUAUAAAGAACUGUCCUUCCUACACAUUGCAUUAUGGAUCACUAUAAAAGCCGACAUCACAAGAGUAGUACCAAGAGCAAUCACAACACCAACAACCCUAGGUCACAUGUCUUAUCACAUAAAACUGCAGAUAACACCAAAUCAUACGAGUUAGAACGCUGCACGUCAGUGUCACCUUCUUCGCCAUCAUCUCAUAGGCCAUUACCACGCUCAUCAUGCAUAUCUUCUGUGAAUAAAGCCGUUGUCGUCAAGGUCAAGGCCGAGGAAGUUGUAAUUUCAUUCCCAGAUGACUGCUCGCAUAUCUCAUCCUCAUCGUCAGAAUUAAUUAGUACCACCUCACAACUGGAUACAAAUAAAACGGCAGCAAAAAUAUCUUCCAGCCACGGUAAAACAGUAACGAAACGGAAACGUCGAUCAUCAUCUAGCUUAGACUAUGAGGAUCCUGAACUUGACUUCGAGCCCACGGCUAAACGUAAGCAAAGAUUAUCGUCGGUAUAUGAAAGUGAAACUGUAACAUCGAUGGUGUCGUCCGUUUAUCCUUCGCCGGUCGAUGAUAUGGCUAUAGUUAAUGAGAUCGAAAUACACAGCUCAUCGGAAUGCUUGUCAAUGGACAAUGCCGGAUUUGAAAUACCACAUGACGAUAUACCUGACAGUCCCAGCAGUUUGCAGCCCGAUCAAGAGAUGAAUGAAGAAAUUGUUGACUGCGAUGAUAUGACUGAUGAGGAAGAUGCUGGGAGCAGUUCAAGUUCAAUUGUUUCGGGAGUUAGCUUGUAUGACAAUACCACGCAUCGCGGAGAAAGAACACCAAGAGAGCAAUGUUCGCCCAUUGUAACUGCCACAACCGCCACCAUUAAUGACUCGGGUAGCUCUAAAUUUUGCCACCAAAGUAAAGUGUGUUCGUUUGAUAAAUAUGUUAAUGAUCACUACGAUUGCUUAACACCAGUUACCGAUCCAGAAUCACCUCGCCAAUGCCCAUUACCCGCACUUUCGUGGGCUAAUGCCCAAGAUGUGUGGCGUCGAAUGUGCAGAAAAGACGAACAAGCUAGUUGCUUACGUGAUCCCGUCAUGUUAGAAAAUCAUCCAGGUCUGCAGCCACGCAUGCGAGCCAUUCUUCUAGAUUGGUUGAUUGAAGUAUGCGAAGUAUAUAAAUUGCAUCGUGAAACUUAUUAUUUGGCUGUGGAUUAUUUGGAUCGUUAUUUGAGCACCCAAAAAAAUGUACAAAAGACCCAUUUGCAAUUGAUUGGUAUCACAUGCUUAUUUGUGGCUGCUAAAGUGGAAGAGAUUUAUCCGCCAAAAAUAGGCGAGUUUGCUUAUGUUACUGAUGGAGCUUGCGAAGAGAAUGAUAUAUUAAAACAUGAAAUUCUCCUGUUGCAAGCAUUGCAGUGGAACAUCAGUCCGGUUACUGCGAUUGGUUGGUUAGGUGUUUAUAUGCAGUUGAACGUCAACAAUCGUACUCCUGCUUCGUUUUCUACAGUUCGAAAUCCUAUUCUUAAUCACCAUACUAAUGUUUUAGAAGAACCAAUGGCUUUUUGCUUUUCCUCCAAGGCCAGUUCUAUGACAGAAAUAGAUGAUGCUUUUGUUUAUCCACAAUUUUCGGGCUUGGAAUUUGUCCAAACCGCUCAGUUGCUCGAUUUGUGUUCGCUUGAUGUGGGAAUUGCUAAUUUUUCUUAUUCCGUGAUUUCAGCUGCAGCUAUUUCACACACCUUCAAUAGAGAAACCGCUAUACGUUGCUCGGGUCUAAAUUGGCAUAGUAUACAAUCAUGUGCCGAGUGGAUGCAACCUUUUUUUGACGUUAUAUGCGAAGAGUCCCAUCACUUGCAUUUAUUAGAACAAAAUGAACAAAUCGAUAAUAAGUAUGGUUUAGGGUAUGUUUGCCCAAACAUCGUUACCGACGAUUCUCAUAUUAUUCAAACGCACACCACCACAAUGGCAAUGUUUGAUCGUGUUUACCUUAUAAAGGAUCACAAUGUAACAACAAAACUGAAGCAAGAGGCUUCACCAGCUACUGGUCUAGUAUGUCCAGAAGGCUUGUUAACGCCACCAGCAUCCAGCCGCAAGCCCAUGGUCACUAUUGAUGAAGAAAAAGGAGAAGAGCAGCAGCAACACCAUCACGUAUCUUCAGGAUCGGGUAUAAUUGAGAAUGCAGCUUGCAAAAGAAAUUAAAUGAUUAACAAAUACGUGAAGAAAACAUUAUUGCCUGCCAAUGUAAUACAUAAACAAUUAGAAAACAAACACCUUUUAUUUUGUAUAUGUAAGAAACGUUAAGUAAAAUUGAUUAUUAAUUUAAAAUU